AAAGCAACAACAGCAACGCCUGCAAGCAGCUACUCAAGCCUCAUGCGGAAUAUAAAGUACAUUAAUCGAAGAAUCGAAUCAAGUCACGCUGGAAGGACACGAUUAAUAACACUGAAACCAUGAACGAAAAAAGGAAUAAUUUAGCAUCGUUAUUGCACGUGGCGGUAAACGAGACGGAUGUCAGGACGGUGGAGAGUUUACUGCAGAGCGGUGCAGAACCCAACCUGGUGCUCAAGGGAGGCGUGGCCGCGGUGCAUCUGGCUGCAGGGAAGGAAUCGGAGAAAGGACUCCGGUGCCUUAAAGUGCUCCUGCAGAACGGCGCUGAUCCAAACCUCAGGUCUGGUGAGGAUCUGACUCCGUUACACAUCGCAGCGUUAUGGGGUUGUUAUCAGAACCUCAAACUCCUGCUGAAGAACGGAGGAGACCCGAGUCUGAGAGACCAGGGUGGGAAUAAGGCAGUGGAUCUGGCAGAACAGGAGGAAAACAGUAAAUGUGCCAGCAUUCUUCAGGAAUAUGAGUCUCACACGCCCCAAACCGGAUAUGAGGAUCUGCCCAAAUUCCAAUACUCGCUGUACUCGGGCCACUCGAUGAGAGACUGCGGCGGGGACUUGACGCUGACGAGCGAUUUCGGAGAUGCGCCGCUCAGCAGCACCCGAUAUUCCUCGUUUUACAGGAAAUCCGAGACUGACGGACUGCGAAAGGCCAGAGACCCUAACGAGUCCUGGCUCUCUGACGUCUCUGGUUUCAAUGCGCGUCCUAGCGACAUGUUUAACAGAGAAGAAGUGGGCGGUUCUCUUCCUCCGGUUCUCUCCAGUACUCGCCUGUCAGGGACGGACUUUAAAAAGAGUCCGGAAGCGGCCCAGCCGGCCGGUUUUUUCACACCGGGCCGGAAGAGCGUCACCUUCCGAGACUACGACGAGUAUUUUCCAGAUUUGAAACAAAACGAUGACGACGCCAGCGAGUCCAGGGACUCGACGGUCGAUUUCUCGCUGUACUCCGACUUCUUGCACUCGGAGCGCAUGACUACCGUGCUGCAGAACCAGGGGAUUGACGUGACGUCUCCGGACGACGUGUUUGUGUUCUGCAGAGAAGGAAACACCACAGAGGAUUUUGAUAAGACCGUAGCGGGAGGGACGGGUCUAGGGGAGGAGGACGAGGAUAUCGAAGAUGGCGUGUUUGUCGAUGAAGUAGACGAGCCGGAACGUGUCGCUCACGCCGCUGUCAGCAGUAACAGUGGGUCGAGUCAGUACAGCAGCUGCGACAGCGAGCCGUACAAGACCACCGUCGAAGCGCCGCUACCUUCUGAAAACAUCUCGCCUUCGGAUCAAGAUGGAUGGACAAAAGGAAGUACAGACUCUGACAAUGAGAAGAAGGAAGAACUUAAUUUGCAGUCGCGAGCGUGUGAGGACAUGAUUAACGAGCUUCCGUUCACUCCGAGUCCGUUCGUGACGGGCAGGACCCGCUCACGACUCAGUCGCUGCUCCCAGAGAAACAGCGUCUCGUCUUUUUCCGCCUCGUCUCUGUUCGAGCAGACGCUCCCUACGCCGACACGAGUUCGCCGAGACCUUACUCAAUCGGACAAACCUCGGCGGAGACGUCCGUCUGAAGACGACAGAGUAUCGGAUCUCGAUUCGCACAUGGCGAGCCUGUGCGUUUCUUCACAACCUCACGGAAGCCAAGCAGAUACUCUGAUUAUCUCAGGAAGCAUGGCAGAUACCAUCAUCAUUCCGAGAGGUGCCCCUGAUGAGAGCUCGGACCCAUCUUCGUCAUCAUGCCACCACGAGGAGGACGUGUUCACAGACGACAAGGAGUUUUUAGCUUCAGAUGUUUCCGCUUCCAGUGCGGAAACACGCAAAAACGCCACUUCUGAAGAUUCCUCCUCCAGCUCAGAGUCGAGUUCCAGCCUCGGUCACGCGCUCGAGAUGCCGUCCACCGGCUGCACGCCGAGAUACAGCAUGAGCCGGAUCUGCAACCGUUCCCAAACCCAGUCGCUCGCAAACCUGUCCUACACCCCCGGAGGACGUCCUCUCAUCACUGACACGGACGAACCGGUGGAGUAUCUGUACACUGAUACCGAGGAGGGACACGAGCUGAUCGAGACACACGUCCCUCCGACGUCCAACACGUCUCUAAGCUCCUCUGUCAGCGAGGAGACCGUCAUCUACGACUGGCGCUCGGUUCCGACCGCGUCCACAAGUCCGGAGAAGGGAAAAGAAAACCGCUGUCCUAACGACACGGUGGAGAGAGCGGAGAUCUCAUGGGCGGACGGGUUGACGGACCGAGAGCUCAGACGCAAACUCGCCGAAUUGGGAGAGAAACCCGGACCCAUCAACAGAGACACGCGCCACCUGUACGUUCAGAAAUUACGAUCACUGCAGAAGAGACACGUUAGUCAGAAAUCAGUGCAGGACGAGCCGACCGCAGUCACAGGUUACAGUCCGGAGCUGAAUAAAGCGUUGUGUUCCUUCCACCUGCCCGACUGUAAAGCUGACGAGUUUGCGUUGUGUGAGCAGUUCGAUCAGCCUGAUCAGAAAAAACGCUGGCGUGAAGGCGUCAUAAAGUCCAGCUUCAACUACCUGUUACUCGACCCCAGAGUGACGAAGAACCUGCCGUACCGCAGUCAGGCGAUGACUCCUCACGAGUGUUUCCAGACUUUCAUCAGCUCCAUUUUCUACGUGGGAAAAGGCAAACGCUCUCGACCGUACAGCCACCUGUACGAAGCCCUGGAGUAUUUCAAAGGAGACAAAUCAUCCAAGAAGCUCUGCUCGAAGGUGCAGCACAUCCUGCAGGUGUGGAACUGCGGCCACGGCGUCAUCUCGCUGCACUGCUUCCAGAACGUCAUUCCUGUGGAGGCGUACACGCGCGAGGCCUGCAUGGUGGACGCCAUCAGUCUGAAGAUGUUGACCAAUCAGAAGCGAGGGGAUUAUUAUGGGACGGUCUCCACCUGGCCUGCUAAGAGGCAGCGUGAGCUCGGGGUUCACCUGCUGUACAGAACCAUGCAGAUCUUCCUGGCUGAGGGAGAGAGACAGCUCCGACCGGCCGAUAUCAGGCGAUGAUGUCACGCGCUGUCUGUAUGACGCGGAGCAUUACAGAGCACUUUGGGUUAAAGCUACUCCGAGUGCACUGCAGAGAUUUUACUCCAUCAGCCAUCAAACACUGUUCCCGCUUCUGUUCUAGUGCCCUAUUCCCUAGGGUACAUUAUGUAGGCACUUAACCUAAGCAGUGCAUUAUGGGAUACCCUCAUGGGUUGCUUGUACUCCAGUAUGAGUUCAGACAUGAUAACAAAAAAGGCAA